GGAUAUCCAGUAGCAGUGUUUACGAACAACCUCUCUCUUGGGAUGCAGCAAGGUCCAAUAGCUGUUUUAUAGUAUUGACCUUUGAUUACUAGACUAGGACCAGUUCUAGCCAAGGGAUAGGUUGAUCCACAGCUCUUAUAUGCAGAGCGAGGAGGCCAUUUCGGACGAAUCGAUCGGAACUUUUGUGUGUUGCUAUCGCCUGCWUUGCAUGCAUUGAGAACACUUGAUUAGGAUGGUGGGUUUCGGUUCGAGUUUGCGGAUGGGUAGGAGGACGGGAUGGGAGUCGGCCUACCUCGAUUACGAAACGCUGAAACUGCUCCUGUCCCAAAUCGAGGCCGUCUACGAAGAACGCGAUUUGACCGGCGCAUCCGCAGACGGAUUCUUCGUGAGCAUGGGRGGUCCCGGCGGUGGYUUUGCYGAGUCCGAACGGAACGCAAACAACAACAACGGGAACAGCACAAACAACGAGAGUGGCAACAAUCAGAACACCGAUUAUCGAGACGAACUCUUUCUCGAAUGGGAUUCCGACAUUGCCUUCGCCUCGGAGGUAGACGUAGGGAACGACGAGGACGAAGACAGCAGCGAUGGAUACGAGUUUGAGUACGGAAAUAGAGACGUAGAUCCCGAUCGAGCGGYCCUGGACGAAUCGAUCGAGUACAACUACAUCGGUGUCACUGUUUGGGAACAACAAGGGUUGGGACAGCACCACAUGCACGUCGAUCCUUACCAAUCCAAAAACAUGGGCUCUGGAUCGGAACCCGCGUCUCAGCACCGCCAGAACGCACCGUCUCCUUUUUCCGUAUCGGCAUAYGCUACCACAAAAGACAGUGGAAUGUACUCGUCGUCGAGCGACGAAGACAAGCGCUUCUACCCGAAGCCCUGGUCGAGCAYGCAAAGAAAGAAAAAGGACAGGUCUUCCAAGAAACCUAGGGCUCUGUUUACCAACAUCAUUGGGAGCAACAAAAAGAAGAAAAAGAGACAGAACUUUCACCAAAAAUCGACUGCCACUGCUCUUCCGGACGCCUUUAUCGUAGAAAAAGGAAAAUCUGGUGGCGGAUACUACGGCGACGGUGCCAACCACAGUGGAGACGACAGCGGUGGGAACAACUACUACUAUUACAAUUUUGGCGGGAACGAUGACAGCGAUCGCCGUCCAUCUUGGACUUCCGGGGGCAACCGCGACGACAGCAUGGGYAAGGGUGACGAGCAGUCUCCCCUGAUGSGAUGCACGCCAUCGACCCCCACUCCAAAAGCCGGCAAGGGAAAUUUUGUGUCGUUUCCAACCCCCCAGAAAGGCGACAGCGGUAAUUUUCGGUCAUUGGAUAAUUACGGUACAAUUGUCAAUCCUAGGUCGAUGACCCCAUCAAAAUCAACAGCAGCACCGUCRUCGGCAGCAAAAGCAAAAGCAGGGGUCAAAGACGACGGUCUCUCUGCCAAUUACAACAAGAAGAACGAGCGAAAACUCCGGUACGACCGAGAACGCCGUCGUGCAAGGAAGCAACGAAGGAGACGGCUUCUCAUGCGCCAACGGAAGGAACGCGAGAAGAAGGUUCCUCCCCACAUUCGGAUCGCACACGAGAAGGCUCGGGCGAUUACAGAAAGGUUUCUGGGCUUGUUGCGUGCCGAGGUCGAAAAGGUUACCCUCUUCGCCCAGGCAAGGUUGGGUGAGUUGGCGGAUACCGCGGGUAGCCUUCGGUUUUUGUCGUCUGACGAAACGAUGGAUACAUCGGCAAUUAACCCAGCGAACUACGAAUACCCGUUGUCGGAUGGAGGGAUACAUCCAUCGGCCUCGUCCUCCUCGGACGAAGGAGCCGGUGGUUAUCACAACCCUAACUACAAAGGGGGAUUUCCUUGGUCGGAUUCUUCUUCGGACGACGGGGGCAGCAAGGCAAGUGGAAGCGGAAGAGUAAACAUUGCAAAGACCUUUUCUUCGAACGAUGGCUACUCUGUUCGGACGGAUGCUCGGGGGAACCUUACUUCAGCACCACCAACGCCACCGACACCACCAUCACCUUUGGCGGCGGCAACCAGAAAGAGAGGGAAGCGGAGUCCCGGACGCCGUGCCUUUACCGAGACACGAGAAAAGUUUGAGGCUACCAAACGAAAGAUAGCUCAAUUUCAAGAAAUCCGACGAGAGCGAUCCAUUUUUCAACGAAAUGAUUACAUAGUGGGCGAAGAUUUACUUCUCAUCUCGGCCGUAGACGAAGCUGAUGCCUUUUCUGCUGUAGGCGUGGAACUCUUGCACAUUCUGAAAUACAUUUGUGUCAACCUGAUUGCGGUUAGAAAGAUCUGUAAGAAGCACGAUCGUCUGCUMAUGAACCGUAUGCUGGGGGGUUACUAUCAUAGAAAGAGAACGACACGAUCUCAAGAAGAUACUACCCUGGGUGGUUUGAUUGCCCACGUAGCAGGAGAUAUUUACGAAGCCCACCCUGAUCUUAUCGGUCUUGUCAAUAAUGGGAAGUUGAUUGGAGUUUACGAUCUGAAGAUCCARCAACUCGCCAAUUCGAGAACGGUGAAAGUGAUUUCUUCGUGUCUUGCAUUGACGCUGUCAGAAUACGAAGUCUCAAGGUGGAGGGCUGAUGCAUUGGCGAAGUUGAACCCUGCUCUAAAGAAAGGAAGAAAAACGUCACCUGCGUCUCAAGAUCAAGGCAACGUAUCAUGGCCAUUCAAUAUCAGGACCGACAACUGUCUGAAGAAAUCAUCGCAGCAGCACGAAGAAACCCUUCAACUUCUACAAGAUUGCGAUAUUUAUGUUGGAUCCGAUGACGAGCAUGGUGCAGGACCUCCAUCGACAACGUCGGCUUUAUCGUUGUCUAGACUGAGGUAUGCAGUUCUCUCAAUAGUAAGUUAUAUAGUUGUAACCAYGGUGCCAAACGGCACCGUUUCUUCCUCGUGCAGGUUUUCUGUAACUCACUCAAGAUAUUGCAAUCGAUGUCAAAAAGGCUGCUCUUCGCGAAGCCUCGAGAAUAAAAUCCAAUAAAUUUUCAAGUUAUUUGAGUCGAUCAACUCUGACAUUCACAGGUCAUGCAAUUAUCGGUGAAGGACUCGAUGGUUGUUCGAGAGAUACUCUCGAUGUUUUACUCUCGUACAACCCAAAUGCUGCUCUACUGCUAGACACAUCAGCUAUCUAUGAAGGCCUGAAAUGUGGCCAGUGGCGGGAAUCAUCGAUAGCAAGUGUGAUGACCUCGGCCUUGGCUGUUGCUCUAACCCUUCCAUAUUCCAGACACACAUCAGGUCCCAUUGUCAUGUCGCCACGAGCAGUUCACGAAAAGGAGUUGAUAGUCUCCAAUGCCUUGGGUAUUUUGCCCCCAAAAUCAGAAGGAUUCAUCCAAAAAUCUCCCCUCGAGGGAGCUGGAUUGCCUCCUUCRAUUUUCUUACGUAUCAGUCGAUUCACAGAUGUUCCUGCUUCGGUACUGCGCGCAAACCGACUAGCGCUGCUUUUGUACAACGUAAGURCGGCGUACAAACCGAUUCUUUUUCGUAUGAAAAGAAGUGUCUAACAAUAUCUCUCCAUUCAUUUAGGCAAACUAUUUCAUAUCGCAUCCAACAUCAGUGACUUUGGUAUUGGAUUCGGAUGAGAACAUUGCUUACUCAGCUCUUGUUAUAGGAGCGCCGACCCUCUCUGCAAUUAUUACGUCGAUGAUGCAUUGCCGUAUUCUAUCCGGAUAUUCCACAAUGAGAAUAGUAAACAGGAAGAACGUGAACCUCUUUCGCUAUCUUCUUAUAUUUUCAUGCUUUAGCGCCAUAGCUGGAAAUGUUGUCCAGGUUUAUGGAAUUCAGCAACAAUCAAUUGCGUUUACGGUAAGUGAAAAUAAUCUCGACUWGUCUGAAAAAGGUUGUAAUCUGUUUGGUAAAAUUUACCUCAUAACCGUUGUGCUUAUUCUUUGAAUAGAUUUUGGGAAGAUUUCUUAUGGGGUUUUCUGCUGCAGAGAUUGUGAAUAGACAGUUCGUGGUUUGYUUCCUCCCUGCAUGUUUGAUCGUAGCCGAGUCUGCUCGUUUGGUCCAAUUUCAAGUUACCGGGCAAAUUCUUGGUCUAUUGAUUGGAUCUUCGGCAGGUAGCUUGAUACCAACGACCKCGGAACUAAAUUUGAGUUUCAUGUCUUUCGUCUAUCAAAAUAAUGAUUCAAGGUCUGACCAAAGCAACCAAGAACAGAGUAGUCCGGGACGAAAGCUUCUCCGUGACGAAAAAAAUCUUAACUUAACUCUUUCAGAAUCAUCGAUCAAGCAGRCAUCGCUCCCAGUUGAGUCAUCAAAGGAUCCAACGGGAAUUCUUACUCUGAAGGCUACUGACACCACUAAAAAUCGAAAACUUACACCCAUUCCAUCAGCAUCACCAACAACGGCUUCACCAAUGACUAAAUCAUCAGGAGACAAAUUCAGCAGCCMUACUUUGACGUAUGGAGGUUCAACUUCAAUCCCAACCAACUUCGGAAAAAAUGCAUUCGAAACGUUAGAUCCGUCAUACUUCGGGCUAUCAGAAAAAUCUGUGGAGUUUCCGAGGUCAUCAUCRUCGAGCUUUUCUGAGAAACCCAUGUAUGCAUCUAGUGCUUUCGAUUCGCUAAGCUACAAACCAUCCAUGUUUCCAAGCGGUWUGMAUUCUGAAGCCAAUGAGAGCCAAGUUCGCCGCCUGACUGCUGCAAAUUGGAUAAUGAUUGCUCUYUGGGUGAUAUACUUCCUUUAUGUGCUCUUUGGGUGGGGAGUUUUGGACAACGCACCCGAUAAAGGUAAGGARGGAACCGGUGAGGCCGACAAUGGUAAUCUUGCCGAUGAUGGAAAUCAUCAAGAUUGCAACAGUUCUGAAUCGUCUGAAUCCGUUCAAGAAACUGUUAUGAGAGAUUAUUCAUCGAAAUUAAGUAAAAUCAGCGCCGAUCGRAACUUUCCAAAAACCGAGGCAGCAAUUCUAUCAGARAGCCCAGCUGACAGCCAAAAAGGAAUCAAUAUAAGGAGUCCAAAGCGGAAGCGUUUUCGAAAACUCAGAACCUUCACCAAAAAUCUCCGCAAACUGAUGACGUAUAGCAUAGCAAUCCCCGUCUCUAUGGUUGUCAUUGUAUGCACAAUGUUUGCGCAAGAAGUGUUGUUUUCAUCUUGUGCUCUGAUCACAACAUGCUAUUUUAAUUGGCGAGGGUCGGUUGCUGGUCUCUUUCUCGCGUCACUGUCGGUYGUGCUUUUACCAUUGGAUUAUUGCUGCGAACAUAUCACUCGACGAUACGAAGAGCGUUUUUUGGUUGAAGUAAGUAUCUGCGUGUUGCUGUUGUCCCGACGAAGGAUCUCAAUUUUCCAUAACUAACCUAAUCCAUUCCUUGUUCACAAACUAUCACAGCGGAGUAUCUUGCUACUUGGACUGGGGCUGCUUGUGAUAGUAAACUGGGGAUCAUUUUUUGCUCUUAUCCCCAACAUAAAGAAUCUCUUYAAAGAAGAUCGAAGYAAUCGCCAUCACCAAUACGAUUGGAUGCUGGGAGUUGGACAAUACAUUGUCGGAUUCAUAAUCACUUUCACUGCUUUGCGAGCACUAGGGAUCGGAUCCCGUUCCCUGCUAAGCAAAGUAUCGCCACCGAACUUGCAGAAUAUCGUCGUCAAUUUGGGAACUAUUGUCACCUUUGUCACCCUUUUUUCGCAGCUGUUUGCCUACCUCUACAUAGCUUCGAUUGUUCUGUCUCAGCGAGAAAUCAACAUCGACAUUCUGAAUUCGUUGCUGAUGCCAAUUUCAAUCAUGGCUUUGUUGAUGUAUUAUUUUGUCAGAAAGCACUACUUCUUUUUACUGUAAGAAGAAGUUGAGGAUUCAGUAAGAACCAUGGUGGCACAAUAGCUACUACUAGUAGUAAAAAGUGAACAGAAUU